GACCUCGGCAUCUCGCUGCCUUCUGCUCCUCACAGGAACAAUACCCCCGGCCUAAUCUCUCUCCGUGUGCAUGUGUGUCAUUCUCUCCCUCUCUCUCAGACACACACGCACCCACCCCCUCCGUGUGCCCUGCUCCCUUUCCCGCACCCCCCAUCAUGUCAUCUCCUCUGCCUGCCUUCCUCGGUUAUUGUGCUCUUGCUACUGGAAUAAGCGGCUGGCUGGCACGGUAAAACUUUGCCACAAAAAGGGGCAGGGGGGCUUCCUGGCCCGACCACCCCCUUCAGUCCUACAGCACAACCCCCCCUCUGACCAGGUUCCAGGAGCUGCUGCUGUCUAUGCCUUGAUUCCAUCAGUCCAGUGUUGCUGGGAGGAUUCAACCCCAGUGCCAGUUUGUGGAGGAGACACUUUGAUCACUGUGGAGGGGGGGAAAUCCACCCUUUUCAGACUGCUAACAACAGACCCACCCACCCUUGACGAGAGCCGUGUCAGUCAAGCAGGCUGAAGACUCCCUCUUUCUGUGCCAAACACUGAUUGAAAGAACACCUCUGCCUCUCCUGUGAAGAAAGGUACCGCUUGGAUAUAAGGUCUCUUCCUGGGAAGAACUGUUCCUGGAUAUAAGGUCUGGAAUUUCCUGGCAUUUUACAGCGAGUGAGAGAAAAGGGACAGAAAAGUUUGCAAAAGAAGGCGGCUGAGUUUGGGCUGUUUUCAACCUGCGCCAUCACAGAUGGUAAAGUUUAAGGGAAAACACCGAUUCGCCACAGGGAUGGGGGUUCAAAGCAGAGCCAAGUCAGACCACCGGGUCUGAGCGCAAAAAAGCAGAAACAAGAGAUAAAGGGCAGGAGCCCUAGAUAGAAAAAGAGGUCUUUUCCUUCCCCUUGAGCCAUCUUGGUGGCCUAUGGUGGCCCAGAAGGCACCCUUGGAUUUUACUCCUGCGCUCAAAGAAGGAACAUCAAGAAGACUGGUGGGCAACACCGAGAAUGUAAAACAACUUUUUUCCAUUUGCGAAUUGUGUUAAGGCCUUUCGAAAGGUCAAUGGGCAGAAAAGGAGGAGGCGGAGAGCCACAUUAAGAAACCGGAUCCAAGGAGAGGGACCUCCGACCUCCGUGGAGAACUUCUCUGCAUCCAACAGGCAGGUUCCAAGGGCCAAAUCCACGGUCAGCCUCGCAGCCCAAGCAUCAUGGCGACUGCCUCCCCGACUGCCGCCGUGGUAACGGCUACUGUGGUGACCACAGCAGCGGCCAUGGACUUGCGGGAUUGGCUCUUCCUUUGCUAUGGCCUGGUUGCCUUCCUGAGCGAAGUGAUUGACAGCACCACCUGCCCAUCAGUCUGCCGCUGUGAUAACGGCUUCAUCUACUGCAACGACCGGGGCUUGACUUCCAUCCCGACAGACAUCCCAGAUGACGCCACCACCCUGUACCUGCAGAACAAUCAAAUCAACAAUGCCGGUGUCCCCUCUAAUCUGAAGAACAAGCUCAAUGUUCAGGUCAUCUACCUCUACGAAAAUGACCUAGAUGAAUUCCCCAUCAACCUGCCUCGUUCCCUGAAGGAACUUCACCUCCAAGACAAUAAUGUCCGUACCAUCGCCCGCGACUCCCUGGCGCGCAUCCCUCUACUGGAGAAGCUUCAUCUGGAUGACAAUUCUGUUUCCACCGUCAGCAUUGAAGAUGAUGCCUUUGCUGACAGCACACGCCUCAAAUUGCUCUUCCUAUCGCGUAACCACCUCAGCAGCAUCCCGUCCGGCCUGCCGCGCACCCUGGAGGAACUGCGACUGGACGACAACCGGAUCUCCACCAUCCCCCUCCACGCCUUCAAGGGACUCAACAGCCUACGGCGCUUGGUGCUGGACGGCAAUCUUUUGGCCAACCAGCGCAUCGCUGAUGACACCUUCAGCCGCCUGCAGAACCUCAGUGAGCUCUCGCUGGUGCGCAACUCCCUAGCUGCCCCACCACUCAACCUGCCCAGUGCCCAUUUGCAGAAGCUGUACCUCCAAGACAAUGCCAUCAGCCACAUCCCCUACAACACUCUAUCCAAGAUGAGGGAGCUGGAGAGGCUGGAUCUAUCCAACAACAACCUUACUACGCUGCCCAAAGGUCUCUUUGAUGACCUGGAUAGCCUCUCUCAGCUCCUGCUGAGGAACAACCCCUGGUACUGUGGCUGUAACCUCAUGUGGUUGCGGGACUGGGUCAAAGCCCGUGCUGCUGUGGUGAAUGUGAGGGGGCUGAUGUGCCAGGGCCCCGACAGGGUCAGAGGCAUGGCCAUCAAGGACAUCACUAAUGAAAUGGAUGAGUGCUUCGAGGCAGGCCCACAGAGCAAUUCGGGUCCAGCGGUGGCCAAGACAACCACCAGCAAUGCUGCCGUCACGACCCCACAAGGCUCCCUUUUCACUCUCAAGGCCAGGAGGCCGGGCAUCCAAUUGCCAGACUCCAACAUAGACUACCCAAUGGCCACGGGAGCUGGGGCAAAAGCACUGGUUCUCAGCGUCAAGCCGUUGACCGCUGACAGCAUCCGCAUCAGCUGGAAGGCGAUGUUCCCAGCGACCUCUUUCCGCCUCAGCUGGUUGCGCCUCGGACAUAGCCCGGCUGUGGGCUCCAUCACAGAAACUCUGGUGCAAGGUGACAGGACUGAGUAUUUGCUGACAGCCUUGGAGCCCAAAUCCACCUACAUCAUCUGCAUGGUCACUAUGGAGACAGGCAGUACCUACGUGCCUGAUGAGACCCCUGUGUGUGCCAAGGCCGAGACAGCAGAUAUGUACAGCCCAACCACCACCCUCAAUCAUGAGCAGAAUGUAGAUCCAAUGGCUGGGCUGCCGCUGGCAGGGAUCAUUGGUGGGGCAGUGGCGUUGGUCUUCCUUUUUCUUGUUUUGGCUGCCAUUUGCUGGUACGUCCACCGGACGGGAGAGCUGUUGACACGAGAACGGGUCUGUAGCAGAGGCAGUCGGAAGAAAGACGACUACAUGGAAUCAGGCACCAAGAAAGAUAACUCCAUCCUCGAGAUCAGGGGUCCUGGGUUGCAGAUGUUACCGAUAAAUCCUCACCGGGCAAAGGAGGAAUAUGUCAUCCAUACCAUAUUCCCUUCUAAUGGAACCAGUCUUUACAAAAGUACCCACACCAUUGGCUACGGCACAACGCGUGGGUAUAGAGACGGCGGAAUUCCAGACAUAGACUACUCCUAUACAUGAUGUAAAAUUCCCUCCCUCCCACAAACAUCCCCCCACCCAAACUCUUCCCUGUUUUUGCCCCCUCCUCAUCACACACCCCAGGUGUUUUGCCAAGAUGGAAAAUUGCAAAGCAAAAACAAACAAGUGCAAACUAUUUUCCAAGCAGAACCAGGUGGAACAAAAGGGAGGGGAGGGGAAGGAAAUUUUACAAAAAAAAAUUGCCUAUUUUGUAGAAAAAAAAUACAAAAGUUUUAAAAAAAGUAGACAUGGAGGAGAAAGAGACAUAAUUUAUAUUUAAUAUACCAGAUUUAAGUGUGGGGGGUGGGGGAGAAAACCAACUCAGACCAUCAAGGAACAUUGGGUUUGCUUUUCCCAAGGGUGGAGGGUGGUAAAGGGAAGAUGUGGAAAAGAGAAAGCUAAGCAGAAAAACAAAAAUGCUACCUGUUUUAUCUUUCUUCCUGUAUAAAUCUUCUAUUUUGUUCAGGGGUUAGAUUAUAAAAAAACACAUCAAAAUGUCUUUCCUAAUGGCUAAACUGUUGACUGUACAUGGGGAGAAAACUAGUGUGAAUCUUUAGAGAAGGGCAAUCGCGGCUCCAAGGCCUCCUUUCAGUUCCCAUAAUUCUGCUUUCUUUACAGGUUCCCACUUUAUCAUGAAAGUGACCGUGUUAAGGGGGGAAGUCCACCUUUGGCUGUGGGUUUUUUUUUCUCUGAGUUAACAGAAACAAACUCCUUCCUCCCCGACCUCGAACCCCUCUUCCUCUGUCGCAGCAUAAGAAUCCUUCAACUUAGCUCUUCUUCGCACAAACUGAUC